GGCUGAAGUAUAAAUACCAGCGCGUUUAGGUCGCAGAGAGACAGACAGAAGAAAAGCGGACGGCCUUGGCAGGCUUUAUAACGUAGAAUUAGCUGAAUGAAUUUGUGGAUGUAUGAAGGUUAAUGAUGAAGGCAGGUGCUGGAUAGGUUAAUAAUAGUUUCUGUCAUUGAAUUUAACGCAUUUUCUUUUCUUUUUCUUUCUUUUUUUUCUCUAAACUUAACCAAUACUUUAAACAAUUAUACAAUUCAUCAAGAAGCGGCAACUCUUUUCUUAUUUUAUUUUAUUUUAUUCCAUUUUCAUUUUUUUAUUAUUAUAAUUUUAUUUUCGGCUAUAAUGCGCGCGUGUUUUAUUGCAGUGGUGUUGGUGGCGUGUUUGCUGAGAGAAGCUUUAUCUCAGCAGCAGUUUGAUGCUAAAAAUGUUGAAGAGAUUGAAGAGGUUGAGGAGGUUGUACCUGUCCGACUGAAUGGAGGUGGACGCGUGUCCAAAAGAAGUGAGGAGCACCCUCGCUUCAGUCUCACAGCUUUUGGCAGGACUUUUUCUCUCAGUUUAAACCCGGAUGACAGUUUUAUAUCUCCCGACAUGAAGGUUUACCGCAUCAGAGCUGUGGACCUUCCAGAAUCAGGUGCUUCUGAAGGUCGUCAGGAGGCAAAGAGGUUGAGGAGACAGGUGGCUGACGGGGUCUUCACAUCCUCACAUCCUCAUAAAACCGUGAAGACCACCUGGGAGAGCGGAACCGAGCUCAGAGGCUGUUUCUUCACCGGCACCGUGGACUCCAGCCCGGACUCCUUGGUGGCCGUCAGCCUCUGUCACGGCAUGCUGGGAUCGUUUAUUUGGCAGGGCGAGGAGUUUCAGAUUGAACCCAAACGCUUCGGUUCAGGGAGCUCCACUGACCAGCUGCAUCUCCUCAGGAGGAGAAACUUCACCAGAACUCUUCUGGGCUUAAAAAGCUCCUUUGGACCAGUGGACGAUGAUGGGCACUACUCAACACCGUGUCCCGUUACAGAGGGCAAGGAGGGUACUAUGAAGGAGAGCACAGAGGAUAGCCUGGAGACACUAAGAGAUGAUACAGAUACAGAGGUUACAGAUAGUGAUGGUCAACAUGGUACAGUUAUAGACAGAAAGCUCAAUGAAGGAACCUCCUCCAGACACAGACGCUUUGUAUCUGUGCCAAGAUUUGUUGAAACCCUGGUGGUUGCAGAUGCCUCCAUGUACAGAUUCUAUGGAGAUGAGAUCAAGCACUACAUCUUGACCUUGGUGUCAGUGGCCACUCAGCUUUACAAACAUCCCAGCAUUAAGAACUCUGUGAACAUCGUGGUCGUGAAGGUGCUGAUUGUGGAGGAUGAAGAAGUUGGACCGUCUCUUUCCAGCAACGGGGGCUUGGCACUGCGCAGUUUCUGCUCCUGGCAACACCUGUUCAAUCCAUCCAGCCAGAGGCAUCCAGAGCAUUUUGACACUGCUGUGCUAUUCACUAGAGAGGAUAUCUGCGGCCAUCAGAGCUGCGACACGCUGGGUGUUGCUGACGUGGGGACCAUGUGUGACCCGAAAAGAAGCUGCUCUGUUAUUGAGGACUCUGGACUGCAGGCAGCUUUCACAGUGGCCCACGAAUUAGGCCACGUGCUGAGCAUGCCUCAUGAUGACUCCAGGAACUGCGAGAGGCACUUCGGUCAGAUGGCUCAGAACCACAUUAUGGCUCCUGUUUUUAACGGCUUCAACAGAACAUAUCCAUGGUCUCCAUGCAGUGCUUUCUACAUCACUGAAUUCUUUGACAAUGGUCACGGCGACUGCCUACUGGAUGCUCCUGAGAAGACACUGCCCCUGCCCACGGAUCUGCCGGGCCUGAGCUACAGCCUGGAGCUCCAGUGUCAGCAGGUCUUCGGGGAGGGGUUCCUUUUCUGCCACAACAGCUCGGCUACUGAGGUGUGCAGACAGCUGUGGUGCCAACAGGAGGGCCAGUCAGUCUGUACCACCAGAAAUGGAAGCCUGCCGUGGGCCGAUGGUACACAUUGUGCUCAUGGCAAGACCUGCCUGGACGGUGUGUGCACUGCUACUGAGGAGGUCAUGAAGCCAAAGGUAUCUGUAGAUGGAGGCUGGGGUGAGUGGGGGGCGUGGCAGCAGUGCUCCAGAUCAUGUGGAGGAGGAGUGAUGUUCUCUUACAGAGAGUGUGAUCAACCCACUCCUCAGAACGGGGGGAGCUACUGCAGAGGGCAGAGAGUUCAGUAUCAGUCCUGUAACACACAGACCUGUGAAAGCAGCCAUGGUAAGAGCUUCAGAGAGGAACAGUGUGAAAAGCAUAACAACCCCAAUCAUUUUGAUAUUUACGGAAACGUUAAACAGUGGAUACCCAAAUACGCUGGAGUGUCUCCCCGGGACAGGUGUAAACUUUUUUGCAGAGCGAGAAGCAGCAGUGAAUUCAGAGUGUUUGAAGCCAAGGUAAUUGAUGGAACGACAUGUGGUCCAGAUACAACAUCAGUGUGCGUCCAAGGCCAGUGCGUCAAAGCUGGCUGUGAUCUAGAGAUCGGCUCUAAUAAGAAGUUUGACAAGUGUGGUGUGUGUGGAGGGGAUGGACUGAGCUGCAGGAAGGUCUCUGGAUCCUUCAACAAAGUCAGCCGAGGGUACAGUGAUAUCGUAACCAUCCCAAUAGGAGCCACCAACAUCGACAUCAAGCAGCGCAGUCACGGAGGCGUAAAACAUGACGGCAGUUACCUUGCAGUCAAGCAAGCGAGCGGCGAGUAUCUGCUGAACGGCAACUUCUCGGUGUCCACUGUAGAGCAGGACAUCCCCGCUCGGGGAGCCGUGCUGAAGUACAGCGGCUCGGCCACCACCCUGGAGAGGAUCCAGAGCUUCCGUCAGCUGCAGGAAGUCCUGGUCAUUCAGCUGCUCUCCACCGCCGCAGAAACAAACCCACCGAAAGUGAAAUACACAUUCUUCAUUCCCAAAGGCGUCACUUUCAACAAACCCAAAGAGAAGAGUCCGUCCGCCCACGUGAUUCAUCCUUUCGGCGUUCCGCAGUGGGUGUUAGGGGAGUGGUCCGAGUGCUCCAAGAGCUGUGGAUCAGGCUGGUCUCGGAGAACGGUGGAGUGCAAGGACAACGCUGGCUUCUACUCCAACCACUGCGACAAAGACCUCAAGCCCACAGACAUCAGGCCUUGUGCUGACCUGCCGUGUCCCAUGUGGCAAAUAGGACCAUGGUCUUCAUGUUCCCGAACGUGUGGUCGUGGAGAGCGCAGACGCAGCGUGCUCUGUAUUGAUUACACUGGGAAAGAUGUUGAAAAAGAAAAGUGUGAUCCUUCAAAGCAACCCAAGGCAGUAUCUGAAGAGUGCAUGUAUCAGGAUUGCUUAGAACUUCCAGACAAGCAGGAUAUGGACAAAUAGAUGGCUAAAUAUGUGGCUAUAUGGUUAGAUAGGUAUCAAACAUCCUACUACUACCAACAUUGACAAAGGCCCAAUCCCAUUUCAUGUACUUCAUGUACCCAUACAGCACAGGUCAAAAGUUUGGACACACCUUCUCUUUUUCAAUGCGUUUUCUUUAUUUUCAUGGCUAUUUAUAUUGUAGAUUCUCACUGAAGCAUCAGAACUAUGAAUGAACACAUGUGGAGUUUUAUGUAUGUAAAAUGUGAAAUAACUGAAAACAUGUUUUAUAUUCUAGUUUCUUUAAAAUAGCCACCCUUUGCUCUGAUUACUGCUUUGCACACUCUUGGCAUCAUUCUCUCAAUGAGCCAAUGAGUCUUGAAGGAAGGAAGGAGUUCCCAGAGGUGUUUAUUAGCACUUGUUGCCCCUUUGCCUUCUUCACUAUGUGCUCCAGCUCACCCCAAACCAUCUGGAUUGGG